AGAUAAUAGAGUAUUAGGAGAAUAUUUCCAUUCUUCAUAUUUUCUUCAGAUAAUAUUGGCCGUCCUUGUCGCUUUCAUAGCUGUCAAAGACACUUCAGCGGCAUCCACAGUACAGAUUCGAACAAGUGGUGACAACUUUGCCGGCACUGACGCAGGGGUCGAUUUACAGCUGGGCGUUAUACAUUUGGAUGGAUCGAUGACAAGCUUCCCAUGUAGUUUCAGUUGUGGAGGUGGUCAGUGCGAAAGAGGGGAUACUGACACAGUGUCCUGUUCCGACUUGAAUGGCGUCUUGAGGAGUGUAUAUCUGAAAAAUAACGGUGGAGGAUUUGGUCCAGACUGGAAAGUUGAUUGGGUUAAAGUUUCCUAUGGAGGAUAUCAGUACAACUUAGACUUCUACAGAUGGAUCGAUAAAGGACAGAGUUCAACGGAAUUUGUUUCAGCCGCCUCAUGUUCCCAACCAUCCCCUCCCCCUAAUGGAUACUACAGCUCCGGCACGAGUCAUAACAGCCUAGGUUACCCAAGAUGCAACACCGGCCAUCCGGGAUACUAUCUGACCUCCUCAUCUGAAAGUAGCUACCGUUGCUAUGGAGGUUACCGGUACCCUAAAAACCCAAGUGUAACAUGCAGCGGUAAGGUGGUAUUGACUAGCAGUUUCAAUAAGAAAUUAUUUGUGACAUAUCUAACCAAUUUGUAGUUCAUUUGUUCAAGUCUAGAAACGUCAUAGUCAUGGGAUAACUGUGCAACAAUACUGUCUAAUGACCUUGUCACUUAGUGACAAGUGCUGAUUCAGAAAUAAAUCCAGUCUCAGGAUACUGUGUUGUGGACCAAAUUUUUUUAGACCUUGGUAAGUCUACUUUAUAACUGAAAUUAAAGCGCAGUGGUGGUCAGUGCUUUUGCAUACGAUUAUGCACAGCUCGCAGCGCGAC